CUGAAAACGUAACUGUGCGACCAACCAGUUUAGUUCACGGGCAUCGAGCGUUGUAGUUGGGAGUAAGCACAGUUCGUGGAGGUCAAAGCUUGCUUACCCGAAUGCUUAGUUCAACGAAUUUUAACGCCUGUGUAUUAUUUAAUUGGUACUCAAGCUAAACAAGCCUUAUUUCGUGGACGUACAAAUACUUAAAAGAGAUUAACCCAUUGGAUUGGGUCUAAAAUGCAAAAAAACAUUAAGAACUCAAUUCCAACGUAAUCCCUUUAUUUUUUACUCAUUCAGUACCAAUUCGUUCUCCUGGUGAUGUGAUCAAAGCUGUGUUUUAAAAUGGGGUUGAAAACUGCUCUGAGUGCUAUCAUCGUAUUAACUUCGGUUAUGGUUUAUCAUAACAGUUGUUACUGUGGUUUUGUCUUUGAUGACAUAAGUGCCAUUAAAGACAAUCGGGAUUUAAGGACCCAUACGCCACUAGUUAAUAUUUUUUUCAACGAUUUCUGGGGAACCCCUAUGCACAAAGAGCAGAGUCACAAGUCAUACAGGCCUCUCACGGUGCUAACGUUUAGAUGGAAUUACUACUUCCAACAGUUAGAACCCUUAGGCUACCACUUGGUUAAUGUUGUUUUCCAUGCCGUUGUAUGUCUUCUGUAUUUUAGAUUGUGUUCUAUAUUCCUGUCGGAAAUGUCGAGCUUCAUGGCAGCGAUGCUGUUUACUGUGCAUCCUAUACACACAGAAGCGGUCACGGGGGUCGUGGGGAGAGCAGAAACGCUUUCAUCGGUGUUUUUUAUCCUUGCUUUCCUCGUAUACAAUAAAGCGGCAAAACAGAAGAAGUCAACAGGCUGGAGAUAUAUGGGUUUGUGUACGCUAUGUGUAGCAAUGGCAAUGCUAUGCAAAGAACAAGGUAUCACUGUAACAGGAGUUUGUGCAGUAUACGAAAUUUUCGCUCUGCAGAAGGUGCAAUUCUCCGAUAUAAAGCACACUUUGAAAGUGGCACUGACAGGGAAGACUCCUUUUCAUUUGCCAUGGUCUAGCGACGCAACGAAGAGACUGCUUCUUCUAGCAUUUACGACGUUGUGUCUGCUUUUUGUACGUCUUCAAGUGAUGGGUGCACAGUUGCCUGUAUUCACACGUUUCGAUAACCCUGCUUCAGUAUCACCCACGCCAACAAGGCAACUGACAUACAACUAUUUGAUCAGUUUGAAUCUCUGGCUUUUAUUGUUUCCAUGUGAUCUCUGUUGUGACUGGACAAUGGGGACUGUUCCACUAAUUGAAUCGUUAUUAGAUCCGAGAAAUUUAGGCACUCUGAUCGGAUAUAUCUUCAUAGCAACUUUCGCUUGGACAGCAUUCACUUCCGAAAAUAGGCAGAAAGCAGUUGUUCUGAUUAUGGGUUUGGCUCUUAUGGCUUUGCCGUUCCUUCCCGCCUCGAAUUUGUUCUUCCCAGUUGGCUUUGUGGUUGCUGAACGAGUUUUGUACAUGCCCUCGAUGGGAUUUUGUUUGCUUAUCGCGUACGGAUUGAACUGUAUCUCACAAAGGAAAAGCAAGAGGCUGGCUGGACUCAUUUUUGUACUUCUUUUAAUUACUCACGGCUGCAAGACUUACUUAAGAAACUGGGACUGGGAAACGGAAUAUUCAAUAUUUGUCUCGGGUUUGAAGGUGAACCAGCGAAACGCAAAGUUGUUCAACAACGUGGGCCAUGCGUUGGAAAGUCAAGGGAACUACAAGGAAGCCCUGAAAUAUUUCCAUACUGCUGUCAGCGUUCAGGAAGACGACGUAGGCGCAUACAUUAACGUCGGAAGAACAUACAAUCAUCUUAAAAUGUUUAAAGAGGCAGAAGAAGCAUAUUUGAAGGCGAAAUCGUUGCUGCCUAAAGCGAAACCUGGAGAAUCGUACCAGGCGCGCAUCGCUCCCAACCACCUAAACGUUUUCUUGAACCUGGCGAAUUUAAUAUCAAAAAAUUCCACCAGAUUGGAAGAGGCCGACAUGCUUUACCGCCAGGCUAUCAGUAUGAGAUCGGACUACACGCAGGCUUACAUAAACAGGGGAGAUAUACUGAUAAAAUUGAAUAGGACUAAAGAAGCACAAGAAGUUUACGAAAGGGCUCUCCUCUACGACAGAAAUAAUCCGGACAUUUAUUACAACUUGGGAGUGGUAUUCUUAGAGCAAGGGAAAGCAUCUCAAGCGUUAGCAUAUUUGGACAAAGCUCUAGACAUCGAUCCCGAACAUCAGCAGGCUCUCCUUAACUCAGCGAUUCUGCUUCAAGAACUGGGAAGACCGGAGUUGCGAAAAAUGGCAAGGGAAAGGCUACUGAAGUUGCUACAGAAAGACGGUUCUAACGAGCGCGUUCACUUCAAUUUGGGCAUGUUAGCCAUGGACGAUAAGAACGCAGAGGAAGCCGAGCACUGGUUCAGAAGAGCAGUUCAUCUGAAACCGGAUUUUAGAAGCGCCCUGUUUAAUCUCGCAUUAUUGCUCGCCGAUGAUCAAAGACCUUUGGAGGCAGCGCCUUUUCUCAAUCAGUUGGUUAAGUAUCAUCCCGAUCAUAUUAAGGGGCUCAUACUUCUCGGUGACAUCUAUAUCAACAACAUCAAAGACCUGGACGCAGCUGAAAACUGUUAUAAGAGAAUUCUGGAAUUAGACCCUGAAAAUAUACAGGGCCUUCACAAUUUGUGCGUCGUUUAUGUAGAAAGGGGGAAAUUGAUGGAGGCUCAAACAUGUCUCGAGAACGCGCAUGAACUAGCACCAGAAGAAGAUUACAUAGUACGUCAUCUCCAAAUAGUCAAAAAUCGGGUGUCAAAGUUAAAUUUAAAUUCGAGUGCUGUUGACAAUAAUAAUAAUAAUAGCGAUCAAUUUGACGGUCAAAGUACCGUUGUGUCUGAUAAAAGCAAAACAAAAGACGUAACCGAACAAAAGACUGAACCAGUUGUUUCUAAAGAUUCGAAAAAACAGUUUAGCAGUCACGUUGUUAAUACUGAGCCAGUUUUCGUUAAAAAUGUUCAUGCGGAAGAAGGACAUGACGACGUAGUCCAAGAGGAACUUUUUAAGGAGGAACAGGGAACGAUACCGUCGCGGAAGAAAGUACUUUCUACACCUGGAAUUGACGACGACGAUCCUUCUUCAGGUAUGUCUUAGUUGUUAACGAAUUGAUUGGAUUAGACAUAACGCGCAGUAAGCUUAUGAAUUAAAUAGAAAUCCUAAAUCAGUUUCCUAAUUGUAUUAAAAAGUCAUACAACAAAUAGUUGGUGAAUGAAAGACACAAAUGAACAACCUGGACUGAUGAAGGAUUGUUUUCGAUUGAAUUUUAAAAAGAAAUUAUUCUAGUAAUGAAUAUUAAUUAGUAGACGUAUAUAGCGAUUUCGAUAAAUCACGAAUCAAAUUAAAGUUUCUCUAUCAAAGAAAAUUGAUAUUAUAUAUCAAGUUCUGAGCAGUACUUCGCCAUCUAGUGAUGUUGACUGGUAACUGUAGCAUUUCAAAUGUUUGGCAAGAGUCAAACCGAAUCUACGAAAUGUAAUAGUCAGAUAAACAAAAGCAAUGUUUUGUUUCUUUUGUAGGUAAUUUCAGAUAUUUUGGAAAUGAUAAAUAAUAUUAAAAUGUUACAUUAGUUUUGGAAACUGCUUUAGAUUUCUAAAGUACUUCACUUAAAAUAAAUUAAAUGGUAUUUUUAAGAAGAUCAAAAAUAAUAGGUAAAUUUAAGAUGUUCAAUAUUUCUAUACAAGACUUUUUACAUGACGGCUAGGAAUGAUAGUGUUUAUACUGUGAUAAAAAGUCACUUUGUCUGAUUAACGUAUUCGAACACGAUUAUCUAUUUGUAUAUGUACCUUUUAUGUGCAUCGCCUUUCGUUACGCUUCUCAGAGAAAAACGUUGUGAUUAGAAUUUUGUGAUUGAUUCUAUUUUUUCUAUUCGACUUUUUUGUUUCUCGAAAUGUUUUUUGCUGCGUUUAGAAAUAUAAGUACUAUUAUAUGUAUAUUUACGCUGUUAUCGUUAAAAAAAUCCUAAAAAUUUCUAGUUUAUUGACUAUAAUUGCCAUUGAUAUAACUGUAAUCGAAAACGAUUGCCAUUCUUUUGUAAGAUUUUAGUGAUGUUAUUAGGCUUUCAUUGUGGUCAUUAUUACUUACAUCAAAACGUUUAUACGUAUGUGUAUGACAAUUCUGUUAAACUUAUACAUGUGUGUUAUUAUUGUAACUAUAUAUAGAUACGUGUGACCCCUCCGAUAUAUUCACAUAAUGAUAUGUAUAUCACAGAAUCGGUGCUUUUGUUAAUUGUUUGUUUCCUUACAAUUAAUAAAAUGAAUAAGCAACCUACAAAAUUAAGGAUAAAUAAGGACAAUAACAGUGAACCUUUUCCUAGAUUUCUUAUACCAAAAAAUUUAAAUUACAUUAAUUUUGUACAUUUGUUAUUGUUUAAAUUAUUUCCUUAAAACGCUUUUGAAUAUAAUAUAAUUUCACUUUUUUGGUCACUUUUAUUUUACAAAUUUUUUUUCAACCUCCUUGCAUUCGUAUCUAGUGGUUGCUUCUCUAAACAAUAAAAUAACUAAUAGUUUAUCUGUGGGUUUGGUAAGUACCCAGAUGUGGGCCUUUUUUCAUUCCUUUGGAGUAAAAUUAAAUUUUGCAUAUGUAAUCAACUAUGAAAUAAUAUUGGCGAUGAUUUCGUUCAUACUUCUAAAUUCCAAUUGCAGUAUUAUAUGCGCUUGAUAUUUUAUUAAUUCUUUCACAUUAUCUGUGAUGUACAAAGAAUUGUUUGAAUUUAUCUUUAUAUUUACCAGAAUUUCCGUUAGUAAAGUAAUUUCUAAUUUGUCUUUCACUCUUCGCAUCUUUUAAAACAGAUUUUAUGUUAAAUAAUCAUCCAAUUAAAUGUAUUGAUGUAUGGCCUGUUAUAUUAGCCGAUAGAUUAGAUUUAAUAAAUGUGUGGCCAAAUAUUAGCGCUGUACUUAUCAGUUAAACAAAAAAUAAGUGGGUUUCUCCUUCUUGAAGAAUUACGAUACACUCUUUACAUCUUUACCUUCUUUUCUCUGAUUUUGAUUCAUGUAAAGGUGCCUUGAAGAUGUUAAAUAAGGCAAAUGAGUUUUAUAACCAUAUUUUUCUAUGUUAUCAGACUGUUCGUAUAGAAAUAAGUGUCCCCUGUAAUAGAAUAACGAUAUGUUCUCUCUCUACCUGUUCUCCGCUUCUAAAGCUCCAUCAAAUUUGACGACGACGAUUCAUCUGUGUAAUAACGAGGGUGUUAAUAUUUAUUAACUGAUAAUACAGCUGAUGAUGUACUAAAGACUGUAACGAUUCCGCUUGAAACGGAAAACAGGUGCCUGAUAAUGACAAAUUAAAUAUUGAAGUUUUUAAUGGAUACAUAUUAAGCUAAAUAAAAGAUUUAUGUACAGUGUGAAACAAUCAGAAUAAAGAUUAGAUUUUGUAUGAUACAACAAACAUUCCCAACAGUGAUCUGCAAAUGGUUCGAGUAAAUUUUGAAUAAUACCUUCCAGCUUA